AUGCCCGGCACUCACCUUCUCCCACCCAAUCUUUUAAAGCUUUUUGCCCCUCGACCGCCGCUCCCCUAUGCUAGACCAGUCGAUAAAGACAUUGACCGCAUCCGCAAGAAAAACGUCAGCGGUGUCGCCGAAAUUCUCCAGCGCUUGAAAGAGGAGAAUACGGACAGUCUGUUCAAUGCUGCCAACAACGACGAGCAGAUGGAAGAGGGGGAGGAGCCGGUCUUCACGCAUGCUGAGGAGGUGAAGAGGCAAAUACGAAGGGAAGAACGAAAAGCGAGGAAGGCAGAGGAGUUUAGGAAGGCCAAAGAGUCUUACAAACCAGCAGACGACCCUGAAGCUAUUGGUGACCCCUACAAAACCCUUUUCAUCGCUCGAUUACAUAAAAGCGCGACUGAGACUGACCUCCGCCGAGAAUUCGAAGGGUACGGUACAAUCGAACGAGUACGAAUUGUACGGGACAAAAAUGGUCGAAGUCGUGGAUACGCGUUUAUCGUCUACGAACGCGAACGCGACAUGAAGGCUGCUUACAAGGAAUCCGAUGGUUUGCAUAUCAUGGGUAAGAGGAUCCUCGUGGACGUGGAACGCGGUCGGACUGUGCGAGGCUGGAAACCGCGUCGACUGGGCGGAGGAUUGGGUGGCCGACCCAAGAAGGUCGAACCUCUCCCACCACCCUCAGGCCGUGGUGGGUUCCGAGGCGGGUUCGGCGGACGAGGAGGGUUCAGAGGACGAGGCGGCGGAUUCGGCGGACGACCCAACUUCAACGACCGUGGACCCGGCGGAUACGACAGAGGACCAGGUGGAUACGGUGAUAGAGGGGGGCCAGGCGGAUACGACAGGGGAGGCGACCGAGGUGGAUUCCGUGGUGGAUAUGGUGGGCCACCAGGAGGAGGAUACCGAGGUCGAGGCGAUGAUCAUGGAGGCUUCCGUGGUCCUCCUCGUGGUCAAGGUAUUGGUUACCAUGGUGGGUUCAACGACCAGCCCAACGGUUACGGUGGUCCCCCUCAUGGUGGUCCCCCACCCGGCGGACACGGCCCACCCGGAGGAAUGGGAGGCGGGUAUGGUGGAGGCGGAUACAGACAUGACCUCAAACGUGAAGGACCCGGUGGCUACGACGACAGGGACCACAAGCGUCCUCGAUACUAG